AUGAAGUGUCAGCAAACACCAACUCGUUUUCCAAAAAUUAAUUAAUUUGAGACUCAAUUCUCCCAUUUGUCAUUGAGUAAUUUCUAAGAAUAAAAACAAAAUCCUACCAUUUGCAAAGGAAUGUUGAGUAUGAUUAAUCCUAAACCUCCUUGCGAAAAUAAGAAAAUAAAGCAGACUAGCCAAUUUGAAUAGAAAGCGCAUUGUUUAAAGAGAUGUCCAAAGGAAGAAGGCACUAGUUUUGACUUAGAUUUGGCAGUCUUCAAAAUACGCCCUUGUCAAAGGGAGUGCGAGCAUAAUCAUAAGCAAUGUCCAUAUUUCCAUUCAGAAGGUGACUUGAGAAGACCAGGGACAUAUUAUAAAGCAGAAUUGUGUCCUUUUAAAGUAGAAUAAAAAGAGUGUCCUCAUGGUUAUAGUUGUUGUAAAGCACAUAAUCAAUACGAAUUGUUAUAUUAAGAAGACAAUUAUCGAAAACUAUUUUGUCCCUAACCUUAAAAUUGUUGUUUUGGCAUGUAUUGUCCUUAUGCUCAUUUUGAAAAGGACAUCAAAUGUGAAUUGAUUCAUCUCUAUUAACAUGAUCAGGAUUAUUAUAUGUUUCAUUACAAAACCAUAGCAUGUCCAUACGCACUUUUUAAUCACAAUUUAGUAAUCUAUAAUUUAAUUAGGUCAACUUGUGAUUAUUAUCAUAAUGAGAGUGAUAAACGUAGGAGAGUACAAGAUAUCUCUUAUUAACCUUAAUAGUGUCCAAAUUGGAUGUAAAAUAAGGGUUGUUCUAAUGAAUGCUCAUCUUGUCAUUCUAUCUUUGAAUAUUAUUUUCAUCCUCAUAUGUAUAAAACCUUUGAAUGUACUUAGUAAAAUUGUAAUCGAGAUAUCUGCCCAGGAUAUCAUGAUGAAAAGGAUUUCAGACAGCUAAAUCCAUUAGUUAGAAAUGGGAUAAUGAAAAUAGUGCCUAAGAAUAGAUUUGAAGAGAAACAACCAAAAACAUAAAUCAAGUUCCCAAGUAUAUAUUAAUGA